GGCUUCUCCUUCAAGCGAGGAAAGGAAGAGAACGAGGCUUUAGGGUUUCGAUUCUUUGAUCGAGAUGAGGGAGAUCAUCAGUAUUCACAUUGGGCAGGCUGGGAUCCAAGUGGGAAACUCUUGCUGGGAAUUAUACUGCCUUGAGCAUGGGAUCCAGCCCGAUGGAAUGAUGCCCAGCGAUACAUCGGUGGGUAUUGGCCAUGACGCCUUCAAUACCUUCUUCAGUGAGACGGGUUCUGGAAAGCAUGUCCCAAGAGCAGUAUUUGUUGAUCUUGAGCCUACUGUCAUUGAUGAAGUGAGGACUGGUGCAUACAGGCAACUCUUCCACCCAGAGCAGCUCAUCUCUGGCAAGGAAGAUGCUGCCAAUAACUUCGCUCGUGGGCAUUACACCGUUGGGAAGGAAAUUGUGGACUUAUGCCUUGAUCGAGUUAGAAAAUUAGCAGACAAUUGCACCGGGUUGCAAGGUUUUCUUGUUUUCAAUGCGGUUGGCGGCGGCACGGGAUCUGGAUUGGGUUCUUUGUUGUUGGAGAGGUUGUCAGUGGAUUAUGGAAAGAAAUCAAAGCUUGGGUUUACUAUCUAUCCUUCUCCUCAGGUUUCUACAGCAGUUGUGGAACCAUACAAUAGCGUCCUAUCCACACACUCCUUGCUGGAACACACUGAUGUUGCUAUCCUUUUGGACAAUGAAGCCAUCUAUGAUAUUUGCAGGCGAUCACUAGAUAUCGAAAGGCCUACUUACACCAAUCUUAACCGUUUGAUCUCUCAGAUAAUUUCAUCAUUGACCACUUCACUUAGGUUUGAUGGAGCUAUCAAUGUCGAUAUCACUGAGUUCCAGACCAAUCUUGUUCCUUAUCCCCGAAUCCAUUUCAUGCUUUCUUCAUAUGCACCUGUCAUCUCAGCUGAGAAGGCCUACCAUGAGCAGCUCUCAGUUCCAGAGAUCACCAAUGCAGUUUUUGAGCCUUCAAGCAUGAUGGCUAAGUGUGACCCAAGGCAUGGAAAAUACAUGGCUUGCUGCCUCAUGUACCGCGGAGAUGUCGUGCCGAAGGAUGUCAAUGCUGCCGUCGCAACGAUCAAAACAAAGAGGACAGUUCAAUUUGUUGAUUGGUGCCCAACUGGCUUUAAGUGUGGAAUAAACUACCAGCCUCCUUCUGUAGUACCUGGAGGUGAUCUUGCAAGGGUGCAACGAGCUGUUUGUAUGAUCAGUAACAACACAGCUGUGGCUGAGGUGUUUUCUCGCAUCGACCACAAGUUCGAUCUCAUGUAUGCAAAGCGCGCAUUUGUGCACUGGUAUGUUGGAGAAGGAAUGGAGGAAGGCGAGUUCUCCGAGGCCAGGGAGGACCUCGCCGCCCUCGAGAAAGAUUACGAGGAAGUUGGAGCUGAGGGUGCUGAUGAUGUUGUGGAUGGAGAAGAAGACUACUGAGCUACUCAGCACUGAGUCUACUUCGGGUGUGCUUAUUGUCUGUCUUACUGUUGAUUGUAUUGUGCUGUAAUAUGUGCAUCAUACUAUCAGUUUUUAUUUCAUACAUUUGUAAUGUUCCUUUUCAUGUACUCUAAUCCUGGAUUGGAUUUUUGAAAUUUUAUUUGGUUAAUUGAAAUAUUAAGUCAUUUUCAGGUCCAA